ACAUGACGCGCAGUAUUUGCAAGGUGUUUUGUACUUACAAAUGAAUUCUGGGUGCCACUCACUUUUGCAACCGCGCACAAUACAUAUAAUGACCAUUUUUCUAGUUCUGCCUCUGCAUUAUUCCAAAAUUCAAAAACAAACUUGCGAAAUGAACAUAAACAUCCGCCAUGUACAGUAAAAAUUAUUUGACAAAUAGAUUUUGGGUUGUUAUAUAACGGCUUUUAAGAAUAAAUUUGAAACAGGGGAAAUAUGUAGGAAGCUAGGCAAAUAGUUCAUAGUAAAUCUUUAUUAAGUGUUUAAAAGAAAAAGCAAAAACUUGCGUGAAAAUCGUUUUAUCAAGUUUUGUUAUCAUUUUUUACUUAUAAUUCUUGCCAUACUGACAAUUAAACUUAUACUGAAAUUCAUGAUGGCUGUCAAUGGGGUAAUAUCAGUCAUCACGCUGGCUAUCCUGUAGGGAAAACAGGGGUUACUCAAGGUCAUUUGAUUAUUGCUAAUAUUGAUAUUAGGAGUGUGGGUUCCAGUUGGUCUAUACUUCCGUGAAUAACAAGUUGUGUCUAGUCAAUGGGUGCCAGUCAACUAGUGUCAACGCACCUUUUCAGUAAAAUUUUUCUUCCAAAGUUUCAGUUAAUUAGAAGAUGUGACAAUAAAGUGAUAUUUAUUUAAUACGUGCACUAUGUUGAUCGUAGUCGUCGACCAUCAACCUAAUUAACUUACACGUAAUUAUUUUGUUCUCAGACAUACAAAUCUGGAAUCACCAGUUUUAAAUCAGCCUUCAGAUAGUUCGAGAGAUGAACUUCAAAACACAAAAUCGAACUGGGCAGACCUAUCUCAUGACAUUGACGUAAACUACCUACCUAACGCUCCUCGGAUCACCAAUAAAGAGAGAGGCGACAUAGAUAAUUUGUUUCGUGAUAAAAAUAUCUCUUUAAACAAAACUGAGCUAAACAACCAUCGAACUUCAGAAUCAUACGGCCCAGUUUCCCUUGAAGCUGAAAAUGCAUUCUACGGUGGUAAUGCAAGAGAAGAUAAUGAUUCUAACAGUAAAUAUAAACGUGAAAUAAUAAAUAGUGUUGUGAAAGAAACCAAGGGACAAGAUUUGGAGCAGUUUGAAGAAACCAACUUGGGAAGCGAUAAAGUGUUGGGUCCGUUCGAUGAUAAAAUCGAUGAAGGGGGAACGAGGAAUGAUGAUGAUCCAACUGUGCAAAGAAGUGAACGACAAGCUGGCCAGAAGCUGCAGGAGUUUAUCACGGUCAAGGCAGAUCCUGUACCAAUUGUAAUUGAAGGGUUAAGAAUAGAGGAUUUGGAGAAGGAACCGAAGAUAAUCGAGGAUGGAAUACCAAGUGUUCUGGCUGAUACAAAAGUAACUUUACGGAUUUUCGGCCAAGGUCUGACGCCGAGGACUGUGAUAGCCUUUACACACGACCAUAUUGAGUACGGACAACCUUGCAAGUUUUUGCUCAAAGGAGAGUACAUGGUACGUUUUAUUUAUAUGUACAGUUGUUUUUUUUUUUUUUUUUUGAUAAAAUUUUAAUAAAUAAAAACAAAAAUGUGUUUAACUUUAUCAUUAUUUAUACAAUAAAAUUACAGCCUAUAUAGGUUCCACUCCUGGCCAUAGGCCUCCUCUCACUUCCGAGAGGGUUUUAAGGCAUUUUAGGGAGUUUAAGGCAAGGAAAAAGUAGACACUACCGCGCUGCCCAACUUCGUGUUGGCGGACUUCACGUGUCUUCGAAAUAUAUAUUUUUUAUUUUUUCAGACAUGCCGGUUUCCUCACGAUGUUUUCCUUCACCGCCGAGCUCGUGGUAAAUUAGAACUUAAAAUUGCAAUUAACAAUUUCAUUGGUGUCGGCCGGGAUCGAACCCGGGUUGCUUGCGUACUUUGAAAUUUACAGCGAGCGCUAAGCCCCUAAUCUACCACGGCUCUUAACCUUUUGACCGCCAAAGUCGUCUAUAGUUGACAAAAAACCCAGCCCACAAAAUUAUGAAAUAUACAUAUUGGAAACCUUUAUAAAUAAUUUACCUAGUAAUAUUAAUCUAUCUUGUUUACAUAUUAACAUACGUUCACUAAUAAAAAACUUUUCUGCUCUUGAGGAAAGAAUUAUUUCAUGUACGAAAUUGAUAGAUGUAAUAAUUGUUACUGAAGCAAAUAUAUCAUCAUCACUCAGCUCUUUGUACCAGAUGGAUGGGUAUAAUAUGUACACAGAGUUGCGAAAUAAUCGUAAAGGAGGAGGUAUUAUUAUGUACAUUCAUAAAAAACAUAAAUUUAGAGUUCAUAAUAAAAAAACACGGUACUUUGAAUGCAUUUUAGGCCAAAUAACCACCCCAAAUAAAUAUUCCGCAACUCUGUUAGCAAUAUACCGCCCACCCUCAUUUAUUAAACACUUGUUUAUAAAUGAAUUACACUGCACACUUAAAACUGUAAAUAAGAAUCACGACUUAUUUAUGUUAGGUGAUGUAAACAUAGAUCUUAAAAUAAGUAGUCCUAUAAAACAUAAAUAUAAUACUGCAUUGUACAACUAUGGUCUAAUGUGCGGAAUCUCACAAUAUACAAGAAUUGAAAUCGCUAACUGCAAAUUAAGCAAGACUUGUAUCGAUCAUAUCUAUGCGAGAUCCCGCACACAAGGCGUGUAUACAGCGGCUCUCGGUACUCAACUGGCUGACCACCGUGCAAUAGUUUUAGCAUGCAUCGGAACUGGCAGAGUGCGUACACAGGAUGUUCAAACUUUUAAGGGAAAAUAUAAUAAUAAAGUACUUGUUUCGCAAUUACAGGAUAUCGACUGGCAAAAUACUAAACAUAUCUUUUGUCCUUUGAAAUUGUAUUCUUUGAUAUUAAAAAACAUUAAGACAUGUUAUAAUAAAUCGUUAAUACAAAUUAAAAUUAAAAAUGAUUACAGACGUAAUAACAAUAAUUGGAUGAAUAAAAAAAUACAUACGGCAUGCAACUAUAGAGACAAAUUAUUUAUAAAAUGGCUCAAAGAUAC